UCGAGCAACACACCCAAUCAUGUUUGUGUGUAUAUGCUCGGUGUUUCUCCAAAUUUGUGUAGUCACACCGGGAAGCUAGUCUUUCAAAAUUCCCUGCGAGGCCCAGUUUAAAGUCCUGUUUGUGACACUUGGACUACAACAUCUUAACAAUGUCUUUUAUGUCCUAUAAUGGAGGGGCUGUCAUGGCCAUGAGAGGGAAGAACUGUGUGGCCAUCGCAUCCGACCGCAGGUUUGGCGUUCAGGCUCAGAUGGUCACAACCGAUUUUGAGAAGCUCUUCCCCAUGGGCGAGAGGCUGUACAUUGGACUUGCCGGUCUAGCCACUGACGUUCAGACAGUAUCCCAGAGGCUUAAAUUCAGAUUGAACCUUUACGAGCUGAAGGAGGGGCGCCAGAUCAAACCCAAGACUUUCAUGAGCAUGGUGUCUAACCUCUUGUAUGAACGCAGGUUCGGACCCUACUACAUCGAGCCUGUAAUUGCCGGGCUGGAUCCGAAGACCUUGGAGCCAUUCAUCUGCUCCCUGGAUUUGAUUGGAUGUCCCAUGGUGACGGAGGACUUUGUCGUGAGCGGGACAUGCUCGGAGCAAAUGUAUGGAAUGUGUGAAUCCUUGUGGAGACCCGACAUGGAGCCAGAUGACCUCUUUGAGACGAUUUCACAAGCCAUGCUCAAUGCAGUCGACCGGGACGCAGUCUCCGGCAUGGGCGUUGUCGUACACGUCAUUGAGAAAGACAAGAUCACCUCCAAAACCUUGAAGGCGCGGAUGGAUUAAAACCCAUCAAAUGUUCAUAUUAAAACAAUGCAUUUGCAGUUUUUUUCCCAUUUAUAUUGUCAAAUAAACUUGUUUACACAGUCAA